CAGCCAGUUUAGUAGUCCUCGAGCACUUGUGUCAAGAUGAAGGAACCGUGGAAGAAACCGUGCAACGGCAAGGUGAUAAUUACCUUGAACAACGAUGAGAAGAGCGAGGAGAAGCCAACCGAGGUCGAGGUGCCGGUCGACCUCAACUGGGGCAACCACUGCGAGCGUAGGAGCUCGUCCUCUUCGAAGACCCUCCUCCUGGCCGGGGUGAUCCUCCUGCUGGGCCUGACACUGGUGACCCUCUUCAAGGUACAGAACCUCGUCUACUCGACCAACUACAUGACAUGGCGCGUCCAAAACCUCGAGGCUUCCGUGGGCGACAGCGCCGACAACGUCAAGCUCAUCAAGUACAAGCUCUCGCUGGACGAGCUCGAGGACAGCCCGCAGCCCCAGGCCCUCGUCGCCUCCAAAGGCCUCGCCCAACAGCAGCUCGACGCCGGCGACCUGAAGCUCUCCGAGUCGCAGAACCAGAACCACAAGCUCAACUCCCUGGCCACCGGUGCCAAGAAAUCCGCCGAGGAGCCGAGGAAGCCGACGGAAGACCUGAACGAUGGGCGCGACCACCCCAACCCCACCGACAGCCAGGACCCGACCAAGCCCCUGACCGAAACGUUCGACGUGUUCCGCAACCCCCCAGCCAUGGAGGACCACUUUGUCCGGGACGUGCUCAAGUUCCUGACCUCGGACCUGCCCAGCCACGAGAACGUCGAGAUCGUCGAGCUGAACAAGAUGCAGGAGCCGAGCCCCGAGGCCCCCCGGCCCGUCAGCCCGAGGUUCCCCAACGGCCGGCCACCCCUCGUCAUCCCCAUCGACGCCAUGUUCCGCAAGGCCAGCCCCCUCUCCCUGGGCAGCAGCCUCAAGAUCUUCCAGAUCAGCGGCUCGGACAAGCCCGAACAACAACAGUCCCACCAGAUGCAGGACAGCCUCGAGGAGGAGAUGAUGCCACCCAAGGACCCCUUGCUCCCGGACGCCAAGCUCAGGUCGAUGAUCUCGCCGUACGAGAUCUUCAAGAACCUCAUGUUCCCCGGGGCGAAGGUGCGCUUCUUCCCCCUCGGGGGCCCCAGGCAUCACGAGCAGCCCGCUAGCUCGGAGGAGACCGGGCCCAACGAGGACCAGGAAGGGGGCGAGCCCGAGGGCCGGGACAGCGAGGCCACCGACUCCGAGGAGGACAACCCCAAGAUCAUGAUCCAGAGCAUCAAGCUGCGGGUGCAGCCGCUGAUGCACCAGGAGGAGCCGCCGAGCGCGCGCAUGGAGGCCCCGGCCGGACGCAACAACAACUUUGAGAUCAUCCGGCUGAACCCCGUGGAGCAGCAGAGCCGCGACCAACAGCCGAUGCAGCCCCAGCAGAUCCUGGGCCCUCUGUUCCCGAUACAAGAGAUCCUCAACUCGGUGAUCAAGCACGUCGAGGAGAACGAGGCUGGCCAACAGCAGCAGCAGCCACCGAGGUUUGGCCAACCGAUGACCAAGAUGCUCGUGCCCCCGGCGGACCAGGCGCCGGACAACUACUACGCCCAGGCCGCCGCCCAGGAGCAGCAUCACGACGUCGAGGUGUCGAAGGUGCCGGUGCACCAGAUGGGCCUGCCACUGCCCUCGUACCACCAGAUGAUCAACCUGGCCAUGCCCGUUCCGUUGAUGGACAGCUACCGUGAGCCCAUCGUCGAGGACAUGCCGCAGCAGCAGCAGCAGCAGCAGCAGCAACCCCAGCAGGAGGUGCCGCAGCAACAGUUGCCCCAACAAGCCCAGCCGGUACAACCCCAGCCACAACAACAGCCAGAAGAGCCGAGGGCCAUGCCGCGCAGCACCAAGCUGAACCCCGUCGAGUCCACGUGGAACCUGCCCACCCAGUACCCCACUUCCCAGUUGAAUUAACCCUCCAGAUCCAAUCUCGUCCCUUCUUUUCUUUCUUUCUUUUUUUUUUUCAUACAUUCCACGCGCACCGGAUGCGAAUAGAUUUUUGUCCAACCCGUCCAUGGGGAUCGAUAAAUUUUUACUUAAAAAAAAAAAAUACUAAUGUUGUAGGGCAAGGCGUGCCCAAGUAUUUCAACGAAACGAUCGAGGGAACAAGAAAAAUUGUGAUAUCGUUAGUUCGUAAUUGAUAAAUCCGCGAGGGAUGAGCAUUUCGAUUUAUUUCGUGAAAAUAUAAAUAGUAAACUCUCGGAAGGCAAUAAAUCAAGAGGAGAAGGAAAGAAAGAAAAAAAAAAAAAAGAUAACAAUGCCGCGUGGUGGCCCCUUCCAUCUUGGUGUGUCGAACGAGAAAGCAGCGGUGGCGAUGGCAACGAAAACAACUCGCGGUAGUCGCAAGAAUUAUUUUUGCCGGAAAAAUAUCGAGGGGAAACUCGUGGACGGGAAUACAUAAUUUGUCUCGACGCUGCUGUGCAUCACGCACAUAUACAACUCGGCAGAAGUCUGGUACUUUCUGCAGCGUGACUUUCCUUGUCGAUUCACUCUCUCUCUCUCUCCUUAAACAGUCGCCCAUACAACACGUACAAAGACUCAACAUCCUUCAUUGCAGCCCAUUGUAAAAUCAAACGUCUACAUGUCUCCCUCGACUUCUUUCUAUUUUUCUCUGUACUUUUUUUGUCGCGAUAAAUCAAUUAAAAAAAAAAAAAUAAAUAAAUAUACAAGCCGCAGGUGAAAGUAUUCCCCUCGCACGCGCUCGGCAGCGAAAAACUUUCCCACGCAGGUACACUCGCGGAUGCGCACGCGUCACGGGAGGCUUUUAUCAACCAAACGCCGAAGAGCGCAUCUUUCGCGCGAAAAGGAAAAGUUAAAACUCGUCGAUUCGCCGUGUCGUGCAAUUUCCAUAGGCUCCACCGAUCGCCAAGUGUACGCCCGCCCGUCGGAGAGAAAGUCGCGAGUAGGUGCACACAGAGCGGAAGGUGGGUGUAUGUUGUGAUCACACUGUUGUAUGUACAGGCGUGUAGACAGAUUUGGCUAGUACAACAAAA